ACACCACGACAAGGUGUCCGUCAAAUAAUAACUCAAAAGGUGUCACUCGAUGGAAGGGCAGGAAAAUGAAUUGGGCGAGCGAAUUGUGAAAAGCUAAUGAAAAACAUAUAGUAAAAAGGUGGACGACGAGAAAUGCAUACCAUCACUUUGAAAGCAGGCAAAUUCGCCACUGGAUUUGUACAUUCAUUAGUUACUGUCUAGUUCUUAGUAAUUCCAAUGGAGGCCUCAAAUCCGGCCUCCCGUUCGGACUUCUACGCAUAUCAGCUGCAAGCAAGCCUCAGAAAGCGAGACUUACUUGCCGGAAAAUCAAUCCAUGCCCAGGUCAUCAAAUCCGGCCUUCACCUCUGCAGUGUGUUUUUGAUGAACAACCUCAUGACCGUUUACCUCAAAACCGGCUCUGCUUCCGAUGCCCACCGCGUGUUCGACGAAAUGCCCCUAAGGAAUACACUCUCAUGGAACACUAUUCUCUCCGCUUAUGCAAAGCAGGGAAGGUUUGACGAAGCACUGAGCGUUUUCAACGCAAUGCCACAACAGGACUCCGUUUCCUGGACCGCAAUGAUAGUGGGUUACAAUCAGAUGGGCCGUUACGGGAAUGCCAUUCAGAUGUUUGUGCAGAUGAUUGCGGAUGGAGUUCCCGUGACCCAGUUCACCCUUACUAACAUUCUUUCCGCAUGUGGUGCUGUUAAGGCUUUGGAGAUUGGUAGAAAGGUUCAUUCGUUUGUUGUUAAACUUGCGGUUGGCGGUUAUGUUUCUGUUGCCAACUGUCUUUUAAACAUGUAUGCAAAAUCUGGUGAUCCCAGGACCGCGAAGAUUGUUUUCGAUAGGAAGGUUGAAAACACAUCGAGCUGGAAUGCUAUGAUUUCUUUGCAUAUGCAAUGCGGUUGUGCUGACCUUGCUCUUGCUCAGUUUAAGCAAAUGAAGAAGCACGACAUUGUUUCUUGGAAUUCGUUGAUUGCAGGAUACAAUCAGCAUGGCCUUGACAUGGAAGCACUGACUACCUUCUCAUGUAUGCUUCAGGAUUCUGUUCUACAGCCCGACAAGUUCACCUUAGCAAGCAUUCUGUCAGCUUGUGCUAACCUUGAGAAGUUGGAACUUGGGAAGCAAAUCCAUGCCCAUAUUGUAAGAGCUGAGCUGGGCACAUACGAUGCGGUGAAAAAUGCUUUGAUCACAAUGUAUGCUAAAUCUGGUGGGUUGGCAAUUGCUCAAAAGAUUUUAGAGCAAAGCGCGACUUCCGAUCUCAAUGUUAUAGCUUUUACCGCCCUAUUGCAUGGGUACAUAAAGCUUGGGGAUGUAAUGCCAGCCAGGCAGAUAUUUGACUCAUUGAGAGACCGUGAUGUGGUUGCAUGGACAGCAAUGAUUGUUGGUUAUGUACAGAAUGGGUUGAAUAAUGAUGCUUUGGAGCUCUUCAUGUCAAUGAUAAAACAAGGCCCCAAGCCAAACAGCUACACCUUAGCAGCUAUGUUAAGUGUCAGUUCGAGCUUGGCUUCUUUAGACUAUGGAAAACAAAUUCAUGCAAGUGCCAUGAGGUUGGGGGAAGUGCAUUCAGUUUCUGUAAGCAAUGCUCUAAUUUCAAUGUAUUCCAAAGCUGGAAGCAUCGGUGGUGCAAAGAAAGUAUUCAAUUUGAUUUACUUGAAUAGAGAUACGGUUUCUUGGACUUCCAUGAUCAUAGCCCUGGCUCAACAUGGUCACGGGGAAGAUGCCAUUGAACUGUUUGAGAAGAUGCUGUCACAUGGUAUUAAGCCUGACCAUAUAACUUAUGUCGGCGUGCUCUCUGCCUGUAUACAUGUGGGAUUGGUAGAACAGGGCAGGAGCUACUAUAAUUUAAUGAGGAACGUCCACAAAAUCGAACCCACCCAUAGCCAUUAUGCAUGCAUGAUUGAUCUGCUUGGGCGCGCUGGAUUGCUUCAAGAAGCAUUCAAUUUUAUACAAAGUUUGCCAGUUGAACCAGAUGUUAUAGCUUGGGGUUCACUUUUAUCUUGUUGUAAGGUUCAUAAAAAUGUAGAUCUAGCAAAGGUUGCAGCUGAAAGAUUGCUGCUUAUUGAUCCAGACAACAGUGGGGCCUACUCAGCCCUUGCUAAUCUGUAUUCAGCUUGUGGAAGAUGGGAAGAAGCUGCACAAGUUAGAAGGUCCAUGAAGAAUAAGGGAGUGAAGAAAGAACAAGGAUUUAGUUGGAUUCAGAUUCAAAACAAAGUUCAUGUGUUUGGGGUUGAUGAUGGAGUUCACACGCAGAAAGAGGCAAUCUACAAGAUGAUGGAAAAGAUAUGGAAAGAGAUUAAAAAUAUGGGUUUUGUUCCCGACACUGACUCAGUAUUGCAUGAUGUUGGUGAAGAAGUGAAGGAGAAGAUGCUUAAACAUCACAGUGAGAAACUUGCCAUUGCAUUUGGGCUAAUAAAUACUCCAGAGAACACGACGUUGAGGAUCAUGAAGAACCUUAGAGUUUGUAAUGAUUGUCAUUCUGCCAUCAAAUUUAUUUCCAAGCUUGUGGGCAGAGAAAUCAUUUUGAGAGACGCUACUCGUUUUCACCAUUUUAAGAGCGGGCAGUGUUCUUGUCGGGACUAUUGGUAGACACGACAGUGAGGACUUAAUGAUAGUUUGAUGCUCAAGUGGACAGAAAAUGAUUCUAGUAUUUCUCAUAGAAAGAUGGUUAACUAUUUGGCAAAGAGAUUGGUAGCUCCAUACUGCUAUUAGUGCCACUUGGAUUGAGUUUAACCUUUUAAACACUGUUCAUUCAGGUAUAAUCUGCUGAUAAGAUUCUUGAACUCUUAAACUUGGGAAUAGCUGUCGGAAAACUGAAAGCACAUAGGCUAAUGGAACAUCUUCUCGGUAAGUUGAAUUCAUUUGUGUGCUGCAGAUGGAAAGUAGGCUGUACUUAGAAACCACAAUCCUUAAGAGUUCAUUUCUAUAAACCUUCUAUUAGAGAUUCUACUAUACCUUAAAUACCAAGGGCCGUAUAGCUUUUCUAGAUUUAGGUGCAUGUUCAACAGCUUCCAUGAAUAUCUUUCAGUGGUCAGGUGUUUGGUUAUACUUUCCAUUGAUUCGUUUUCCCAUUAACCAGAUCACAUGCAGUGCUGGAAAUAAAAGUAAAAAGAAAAGAAAGGAACAAGUACCGGAAUCAAGAAAUGCUAAUGCAAGGCAAACUUGCACUUCUGGAUCUUGCUAGCAGUGAACGAGCAUUGGAAACAAACAGUGGAGGCCAAAAAUUAUGGGAUGGAGCAAAUAUUAACCAUGCACUUCUUGCCUUAGCAAACUGCAUAAAUGCACUGGGCGAACAGCAAAAGAAUGGUCUUGCUUAUGUUCCUCACCGUAUUAGCAAAUUGACAUGAAUACUCGAAGAUGGUUUGAGUUGCAAUUCUCAAACGAUCAUGGUUGCUAUCCCCUGUGGACAGUUAGCAUCAUCACGCUGUGAAUACUUUGAAGCAUGCUGAUAGGGCAAAGGAAAUAAAGACGUACAUCCAGGAGCAUUGUGGUUGGAACUCGACAUUGUAAGCUUUUAGUUUGGGGGUUCCAAUGGUGGCGUUGCCGCAAUGGACUGAUCAAUGCACAAACGCCAAGUACGUUAUGGAUGUGGAGAAAAUUGGGAUUAAGACUGGCUGAUGAGAAAGGACAAGGGCUAUUCACCACUUGCAUUAUAGCUGCAAUUUUAACAUCCAUUUAGCAAGGUGAAUAAAACGGGUGGGUGAAGCAGCGAUGUUGAUUGUUUUUCAUGGCCAGAGUUCGAAUCCUUCUCCAUAUGCAUGCGAUGCGACAUCUCUUUAGUUACCUUUCAUAGGUACUAAAGAUAACUUUAAUGAGACCUCACUAAAGAAAAUAAUCCAGAGUUCUUGUAUUGGAAAACCCUGAACCUUAAAUCCAAAAUUGUUUUGAUAUUUGAUUC